UUAUGUUUGUGUAUUGAAUAAUUGAUUCAAAGAGGGGGGAAGGGCUGCUAAUCAGAUCUGAGCAUAAUGAAUUGAUUUAAUUAACAGGGGAAUCCGUGCCUCUCUGGGAAGUGCGCGCAUUUAUUCGGUAGCAGGAGCGAGCGGAGCGCAUAAAUUGGGGGAGAAAGGCGGUGCGAGCAUGCUGUUAGUAGUUGUCAGCCUCACAAUUGGAUUUCUUGAAUAUAGUUACAGUUUCGGAGCAAAUGAGAACUGGGAGGAACGCGUUUUACUCCGAGAAUAGCUUCCUCGCAUCGGCCGUUUAAAAGACCGGGGGCGAUUAGAUUUGAGUUAGUCUGCUCGUUUUCGGGGCUUCUUUCAUUUUCGCAUGGAACGAACAGCGGCGUCUCAGUUUUACCCAGCGGUAAUUGUAAGAGCAGUUUAGCCCGUGGAUGUUACACUCGCGCCGCGUAACCGAACGCGACUGGGGGACAUCCCGGUACUGUUUAUAAUCUCCGCGAAUAAAUUGAACAGAAUACCAGACGCGCAUCUAUUUCUCUUCAUGGCUUUCCGUCUCUGAACCGCGGAAAACCAGACAGACGAGCCUGCGUAAUUAAAGCGAGCGGCAGCAAGGCGGACCGGUUAUUAUAUUGUUUCUUCUCAGAGAAGCCAGCGGCGAGCGCAGAAGUGUGCUGGAGCCGAGAGCGGAUCGCCUGGAGCCGGACUCCUCUCUCCUCAGGACGAUGGUGUUAGACAAGGAAGAGGGACAGAAAUGGGGGAAGGGUCGACAACCAAGAUUCCAGGCUGUGCAAAGAAUGAUGACAGGUGUUCCGAUGCUCUCCGUCCAGCCCAAAGGAAAACAGAAGGGAUGCGCCGGCUGCAACCGUAAGAUUAAAGACCGCUACCUGCUCAAGGCCCUGGACAAAUACUGGCACGAAGACUGCCUGAAAUGUGCCUGCUGCGACUGCCGCCUGGGGGAGGUGGGCUCCACCCUGUACACCAAAGCCAAUCUCAUCCUCUGUCGCAGGGACUACCUGAGGCUCUUUGGUACAACGGGGAACUGUGCAGCCUGCAGUAAACUGAUCCCAGCCUUUGAAAUGGUGAUGAGGGCCAGAGAUAAUGUUUACCAUUUGGACUGUUUUGCCUGUCAGCUUUGUAACCAGAGGUUUUGUGUGGGUGAUAAGUUUUUCCUAAAGAACAACAUGAUUCUGUGUCAGAUGGACUAUGAGGAGGGUCAGCUCAACGGGAGCUUUGAGACACAAGUUCAAUAGCCAAUCAAACGACGUCAGCAGCAGGUCUCGGUCCACACACACAUACAUGCGCUUGUGUGCGAUGGAUGUUCUGCUGCACUCAGAAGAAGAGCAUCUGUCUGCUUGCCUGCAAUACUUUUUACAGUAAAAGCCCUAUUGGUCCCUGAGGACUCCAUUGUAAAUGUACUACUUUUUGGCCCUUCCUGUCCCCAACACUGAACACGUUUUGAUGUACAGUUGUGUCUGCUUAGCUCAGCACUGUAUUGCCUGUAUGGUUUUUGGUGACGUUUUUCGUUUCACACGUUGUCUCUUCUAUUUUCCUCUCUCUAUCUUUCUCUCUUGUCUUUGUAAUGCUUCUCUGUACAGUCUGUUUUUCUGUAUAUAUAAACUGGAACAUUUAUUUUAUGAAACUGUAAUGCAAUUUUAUUACCAGUGUUAAUUAAAAAGAUUCUUAAAUGUUAAUAUUUGAGUUUGUUUAUUGAUCCCAAAACCAAAGUUUGAAGAGGCUGGCCCAAGUAUGAACAAUGUAAACUCUCUGAAAAGGUCUGAAGCUCCAAACACAUUUAUCAAACAACAACAAAGAAAUAAAAAAUGCUAGCAAUUUUAUAUACAGAAUGGCAUACUUAAACAGCAUAUUUUAAUUGCUGAUGGAAUACGACAAGUUGUUUUCAGAUGAUAAAGUACAAUCUUAUUUCGAAUAAAGUAAAAUUGAAAAAC